CUGGACGUGUACCCCGUCUUGAUCAAGAUGGCUGCUGUUGUUUGGGAUGAAAAAUAAUCUCUGGCUGACAUCCAUCAACAAACACGCCAACUUGCACGUCACCAACUUCCACAACCCCCCCUGCACCGAACCUGACCACCUAAACCUAAACGACGUCAUUCUUCCUGGGGGCGUACUGACAGACCGCCAACAUGGACACUACCACUUCCAUUAAGAUGACCACACUGGCCAUCCAGAACCUGUUUAGCUACGUGGAGGAGGAGAACCUGAUGGCACUCCGGGCUCAUCUGGACCGCUUUAAGGAAGUGGACGGACGCAGUGAUAACGGACAGACGCCGCUGAUGCUGGCGGCUGAGCAGGGCAGCCUGGACAUCGUGCAGGAGCUCAUCAGGCGAGGAGCCAAUGUCAACCUGGACGAUGUGGACUGCUGGUCGGCGCUGAUCUCGGCCGCUAAAGAGGGUCACGUGGAGGUGGUCAAGGAGCUGCUGGAGAACAGCGCCUACAUUGAGCAUCGCGACAUGGGAGGGUGGACGGCGCUGAUGUGGGCGGCUUACAAGGGUCGCAUGGAGGUCACCAAGGUGCUGCUGGAGCAGGGGGCCAAUCCCAACACGACGGGACAGCAGUACAGCGUGUAUCCCAUCAUCUGGGCGUCUGGACGAGGACACGCCCACAUCGUCAAACUCUUGUUGGAGGGCGGAGCCAAAGUCAACUGCUCUGACAAGUACGGAACCACUCCUCUGAUCUGGGCGUCCAGGAAAGGACAUUUUGACUGUGUCAUGCACCUGCUGGAGAACGGUGCUGAUGUUGACCAGGAGGGGGCGAACUCCAUGACGGCCCUGAUCGUGGCGGUGAAGGGCGGCUACACAGAUGUGGUGAAGGAGCUUCUCAAGAGGAACCCCAACGUCAACAUGACUGACAAAGACGGCAACACGGCCCUGAUGAUCGCCGCCAAGGAGGGCUACACCGAGAUUGUCCAGGACCUGUUAGACGCCGGCACCUACGUCAACAUCCCUGAUCGAAGUGGAGACACGGUGCUGAUUGGGGCCGUGAGGGGGGGUCACGUAGAGAUCGUCAGAGCUCUGCUGCACAAAUACGCCGACAUUGAUAUCAGAGGACAGGAGAGCAAGACGGCUCUGUACUGGGCCGUGGAGAAAGGCAACGCCACCAUGGUGAGGGACAUCCUGCAGUGCAACCCUGACACAGAGAUGUGCACCAAGGAUGGCGAGACACCUCUGAUUAAAGCCACCAAGAUGAGGAGUGUGGAGAUCGUGGAGCUGCUGCUUGACAAAGGAGCCAAAGUGUCCGCCGUGGACAAAAAAGGAGACACACCCCUCCAUAUUGCUAUCCGGGGACGGAGUCGCCGUCUGGCCGAGCUCCUCCUGAGAAACCCCAAAGAUGGCCGCCUGCUGUACCGGCCCAACAAGGCGGGAGAGACGCCGUACAACAUCGACUGCAGCCACCAGAAGAGCAUCCUCACGCAAAUCUUUGGCGCACGUCACCUGUCCCCCACUGAGUCAGACGGCGACAUGUUGGGCUACGACCUCUACAGCUCCGCCCUCGCCGACAUCCUGAGUGAGCCCACCAUGCAGCCCCCCAUCUGUGUGGGCUUGUACGCCCAGUGGGGAAGCGGCAAGUCCUUCCUGCUCAAGAAGUUGGAAGAUGAGAUGAAGACGUUUGCGGGGCAGCAGAUCGAGCCGUUAUUCCGGUUCUCCUGGCUGGUGGUCUUUCUCUCUCUGCUUCUCUGCGGCUCAGUCGCCGCCGUGCUUGGCUUCACCUUUGACCCCAGGCUCGCCAUGGCCGUCUCCCUUAGCCUGCUGGCGCUGCUCUACCUUUUCUUUGUGGUGGUUUACUUCGGCGGCCGCCGCGAGGGCGACAACUGGAACUGGGCGUGGCUUCUCAGCAGCUGUCUGGCCCGUCAUAUCGGCUAUCUGGAGCUCCUCCUCAAGCUGAUGUUUGUCCACCCGCCAGAACUCCCGGAGCAAAGCACCAGAGCUCUGCCUGUCAGGUUUCUGUUUACAGAUUAUAAUCGACUGUCAAGCGUUGGUGGCGAGACAUCCAUGGCCGAAAUGAUCGCCACGCUUUCCGAUGCUUGUGAGAGAGAGUUUGGGUUCUUGGCAACACGUCUCUUCAGAGUGUUUAAGACUGAGGAGAGACAAGGAAAGAGCAAGUGGAAGAAAACGUGUUGCAUCCCGUCCUUUGUGCUCUUUGCACUGGUGAUGGCGUGCUUAGUCAGCGGCAUGGCGCUGCUGGCCAUCUUUCGUGUGGAUGGCGACAACCAAACGGUGAAUGGCGUGCUGAUGGCGCUGGGUAGCGUGGUGGGCGCGGCUCUGCUUCUAAACUGCCGCACAUGGUGGCGGGUGUCCGACUCGGUGCUGAACUCACAGAGGAAGAGACUGCACAGUGCCGCCAACAGGAUGCACAAGCUGAAGAGCGAAGGCUUCAUGAAGGUCCUCAAGAGCGAGGUGGAGCUGAUGGCUAAAAUGGCGAAGACCAUCGACAGUUUCACCCAGCACCAAACCAGGUUGGCGGUUGUCAUCGAUGGACUGGAUUCGUGCGAACAGGACAAAGUUCUUCAGAUGCUCGACACGGUCCGAGUCCUGUUUUCCAAAGGUCCCUUCAUCUCCAUCUUCGCUAGCGAUCCGCACAUCAUCAUCAAGGCCAUCAACCAGAACCUCAACAGCGUUUUGCGGGACUCAAACAUCAACGGACACGAUUACAUGAGGAACAUCGUCCACCUGCCUGUCUUCCUCAACAGCAGGGGACUGUCCAGCGCCAGGAAGAUGUGCAGCGGCACCGCCGGCACGCCCGCUAAUGGCGACGCCGCAAUUGCUGAUGCAGGUUGGCACGAGGAGCUAGACAGGAAGCUGUCUCAGCACAGUUUGGGAGAACUGACCAAGUUUGGUAGCAAGACCGCCCUCAAUCGCCGGGACACAUACCGGCGGCGGCAGGUUCAGCGCUCUGUGACUCGUCAGAUGUCGUUUGACUUGACCAAACUGAUGGUGACUGAGGACUGGUUCACGGACAUCAGUCCUCAGACCAUGAGGAGACUUCUCAACAUCGUGUCUGUGACGGGUCGUCUGCUGAGAGCCAAUCAGAUCUCUUUUAAUUGGGACCGCCUGGCAUCCUGGAUCAACCUGACUGAGCAGUGGCCUUACAGGACGUCCUGGCUCAUCCUGUACCUGGAGGAGACUGAUGGCGUCCCCGACCAGGCUGCUCUCAAGAAUAUUUAUGAGAGGGUUCUGAAGAACAUCCCCACCACCAAAGACGUGGAACCUCUGCUGGAAAUCGACGGAGACGUACGGAGCUUUGAAGUUUUCUUGUCCUCACGGACGCCGGUUCUGACUGCCCGAGACAUUCGGACCUUCCUGCCCUGCACUGUCAACCUGGACCCCAAACUGCGUGAAAUCAUUGCAGACGUCCGUGCAGCCCGGGAGCAGGUGAACAUGGGCGGAGUCACGUACCCCUCAGUCCCGCUGCAGGAGGCUCAGCCCCGGCCUACCUCUAUGUACAGUCAGGUUUCAUCCACCUGCUCACCCUCCGCCUCCUUCAGCGGGCCCUUCAAUCCGCCAGUGGGGGGCGUGGUCUCACCGCCGCCUCACAGCAGCUACUACAGUGGCAUGGCAGGACCGCAGCACCCCUUCUACAACAGGCCAUAUUUCCCCCACCACCAUCACCAGCUGCCACGCCACCUCAUGGCGUCCUACCCAUCACACCUUGUUCCUCGUCUUCUCGUUAAAAGCUCCCUCCCCCGGGACGCCACCCUUGGCUCUGCCUCUGUGGCGUCGGGGACUCCACCCACCCUCCUCAGCUCCAUGACGACGGAUAGCGUGUGCGAGCGUGUGCGUCACAUCGAGGGCAUCGACCAGAGUAUGCUGGCGGCGUACACAGCCACCAUCAGGAAGGCCAACGUCAACGGUCGAGUUCUGUCGCAGUGCAACGUGGAUGAGCUCAAGAAGGAGAUGAACAUGAACUUUGGAGACUGGCAACUCUUCAGAGCCACCGUGCUGGAUAUGCGGCACAUAGAGAGCCAGGUGCUGCAUGAAGAGGCCGCCAGCGAGCAAGGCAGCGUUGUGGCAGGCCACCCUGAGGUGGUCCGGCGGGCUGUGGUUCCUCCACGUGCCGGCAACGCCCCCAGCGAUGUAUCUCCAAUGUACAGCUUCAGCCUGAGCUUCGAAGAGUUGAACACGGUGGGCCUGGAAGAGCCACCACGACACACCAAUGCACAGUGGAUGGCAGGACCUCAGAGGACCGGCAGCAUGACUAGUCUGAACUCACAGGAAUCGAGCAACGACAUCGGCAAACUGACUGACAAGCAGCAGGCGGAGUACCGCAACGCCUACCAGGAGUACAUCGCUCAGAUGGCACAGCUGGAGGUGGGUGGCAGCGGCGGCGGCGAGAAGCUAGUCCAGCCUCAGCCUGGACACUUCAUGACACCAUCUUGCGAGGACAAGAGCAAAGACAACACCGAACAAGAUGGACGCAAGUCCUUUGGCAAGAGGGCCAGCGUCAAAAUGGCAACUGAUAACACCGACUUUGCAGCCAACAGCGAAGCUCUGGACCCCAUCACGGAGGAAGAUGAGAAGGGAGACCAUGGAUCCUCCAAGUCCCUGCUGGCCCGUAAGACCUCCUCAGAAAGAGGCGGGCUUGCCGACUUGAAGUCGAAGGUGGGUGGCGGUCUGCACUACCAGAAGCUGACCAGCGACGACGAUGAAUCUGAAGAGUCCGAAGCCCCGCUGAUGAAAGAAGGCAAGAUGGCGGCAGACACCAAAACGGGCAUGUACUCGCUGGCUCUGAAGGGGAAGGACUACUUAUCCGACGCCACGCUGGACAAGAAGGACUCAUCCGACUCGGGCGUGCGCUCCAACGAGAGCUCUCCAAACCACUCCCUGCAGGAUGAGGAGGCGGACCUGUCGCAGCUGGACAGGUCCAACUUGAUCGAGCUGGAAGAGGACAGUGGUGCCAGGAAAUCGGGCCUCCCGGCCUCUCUCCAGGAUCCUGCUGUGACCCGCAUGUCCAUCUGCUCCGAGGACCAGUGCAGCCUGCUGGCCACCAGUCCGGAUGACACCUGGUCCAGCUCCAAGACCUGGAACCUGAACCGCACACCCAGCAGUGUCACGCUCAACAACAACACCAACGCCCAGCAGGGGGACCGCCAGACGCCCCGCACCUCUGCCCCCUCCACAGACACCAUCGACCCACCCACAACAACUGCCCCCACCCGGCCCAGUCCCAACAAUGAGAAUGUCCGAGUGGUCCACCUGAAGAGGGGCCUCAAACCUGGAGACCCUCCCGAGGUGUGCACCAUGACAGCAGAUGCCGUCGCCUUUGGCGAGGAGCGCGAGAGCAUCCUGUAAAACCACCCCCGCCCGUGCAGCAUCAUGUGACCUGUGUGUGGCGUUGUGUGUUAAUGCAUGCUAACUGUCAUGACUCCAAAUUACCUCUUGAUGUCGUUUUUGUUUGGAUGUUUAAAAAAAAACUAACAAAUGUCCUCUUUGUUCUUAGCUUCAUGUUUACAAAAGCAUGUGAUUGACAGCUGAUCAGUGCAGCCGCACCCUUCCUAGGAUAGGCUCCACCAGUUAAGUGAGAAAAGUAAAUGAAUGAAAUGUUAAGUAAAUAAAGUAUUAAAUGUCAAGUGUUUGGAAUAUUGGUGCUGUGAUGGACUCAUGGAGUAUGUAUCUAUGUGCAUGAUUAAUAAAAAUACAUUGAUGCUGA